GUUCUAAAGACAACCAUGACCAUGCAUGCCCUCUGUUUCUUAGUAUUCCUUGCAACAAUGCAAGGAACGCAAGCAGUUGAAUACACUGUCACCAACAACGCCCUCACAACUCCUGGUGGGGUGCGUUUCCGCAAUGAAAUAGGAGCAGAAUACGCGAAGCAAACACUGGACUCUGCGACCCAAUUCAUAUGGAGUGUGUUCAAGCAAAACACCCCCGCUGACAGAAAAAAUGUGCGGAAGGUGAGUUUAUUUGUAGACGACAUGGAUGGUGUUGCAUAUACUAGCAAAGAUGAGAUUCAUGUGAGUACAAGAUAUGUCAAAAGCUAUAACGGGGAUGCGAAAACAGAAAUUACGGGGGUGCUCUAUCAUGAAAUGACACAUGUUUGGCAAUGGAAUGGGAAUAACCAAGCUCCAGGUGGAUUAGUUGAAGGUAUAGCAGACUUUGUGAGAUUGAAGGCAAACUAUGCACCUAGUCAUUGGGUAAAACCCGGACAAGGACAGAGAUGGAACCAGGGUUAUGAUGUCACAGCUCGUUUUCUUGACUACUGUGACAGUCUCCAAAAUGGGUUUGUGGCACAAUUGAACAAGUUGAUGAGGAGUGGCUAUAAUGAUCAAUUCUUUGUUCUGUUACUUGGGAAGACAGUUGAUCAGCUGUGGAAUGACUACAAGGCCAAGUAUGGCAACAUAGCCUAAGAGCUUUUUUAUAUGAACAAUAAGCGAGUAUAUCGCAUUCUCUUUGUAACUAAUGGUGUAAAUAAACUACUUCAGGCUAGGUUAGGCUUUGACUUAAUUAAAUUAAGUCUAUGUAAAAUAUCUUUGGACUGACCUGGUCUUUCAGCUUG